CUACAAAGAUUAAUCAGACGAAUACAGAAGGAAAUACACCUAUGAUGUGUAAGGUACAAGUCGUGAGAUGGAAGGUUGAGAUAAUACUUAAUAGCAGUUUAUCCAUUAGCAUUGUGUGUAAAAAUUUCUUAGAGUCAUUAGGACAAAGGAUCGAGAAGCUAUCUAAUAGAAGAAUAAUUGAUAUAUAUGGUGAAAAAUAUUCUAGCUUAGAAAUCCUGAUUCAA